GUUGUUGCAUGUCACACACGCACACCUACCUACAAAAUGUACCUAUACCCACACACACAUGCACACACUAUUGUACAUGCAGUGUUCAGGAGCAGCUGGCCGAGGAUCUGUAUGAGGCUGUAGACAAUAAGGAUGUCAGCAAAGUGAGGUCCGUUUUGGGACAGGGGGCCAACCCCAAUCACAAGCUCUACUGGAGUGAGGAGUGGAAUAAUAUGGGAUUCCCUCCAGUACACCUAGCAUGCUGGAUGGGCUACCUGGAGAUCACUAGAGCACUCGUUAGUGGUGGAGCUGAUAUUGAGAAAGGUGAUGGAGAAACGGGCAUGACUGCAUUUCACUUGGCAUGUGAGGGAGGAGAUAUGGAGACUGUGGUGUAUCUCUCACAAGAGAUGAAAUGCCGUAUUGAUGUGAGGGACAAGGGGGACCACACACCACUACACCUCGCUUGUUGGAAUGGACGUAUACAAGUUGUGAAAUACCUUGUGGAGGUACUCAAGGUUGAUGUUGAUGUGACUGAUAAUACUGGCUACACUCCUCUUGACGUGGCAGUACAGUAUAGGUGCACUGAAGUUAUUAAUUAUCUCCGGUCUCUACAACCCUCCACUCCUAAACCAGAUACUCGAAAUGGUUCCGAACAACUUCUUUCUAAUUCAAUUGUUGACAAGACCUCAUCAAAGACCUCUGACCCUCUCUCUGGUCAACAGACACCCAGUGCUGGCAAUGAACAACCAGAAACAACUGAUACCCCAAAUGGUUCCAAACUUCCUUCCACUUCAAAGGAAGGCCCUAACCCAAAAUCAAAGGCCCUCAAUGAAUCAUCCAAGUCUGAGCAAGCUCUUAAUGAAGCCAUGAAGGCUGGAUUUGUCCGUGUGAACAUUACUAAUCUACUGUUUUUCGGAAUGGCAGGCACUGGUAAAACCUCCACUAAGCAUCUCCUUCUGGGACUGCCUCCUCCUCAAGAUCGAAAUAGCACUCCAUUAGCUAGCACAGCAGAGAGGAUUCGACAAAUUACAAAGCUGAAAACGGAAGCUCAAGAAGAUCCCUCUAGAACAUGGAAACCAGUAACUAGUGAUGACCUACAACGCAUUGUUGCUGAUGCUAUUAAAUCUCAUGUAACCAGCUCAGAUCCUAACUCUAAAGCAUCUGCUAUCCCACAAGAACUCAGCAUUGCUCUGAAGCAACUUGAACCUAGCAAUGAAUCAAGUACGCCAGUUAAUGUAACUCCUUCAACAGCUAGUUCAACUAAACUAUCAGUAGCUGGAGCAAAAAAGAGACGUCCUAAACAAGAAAGGAAAACGAGUAAAUUUCUUAACACUGUUUCAAAUGUAAUGGCAAAUAUUCAGCAGUUUUCUGAUGCUGAUCGUACUGCUGUUCAAGAAAAGUUUGGAUCGCAUUGGAUCUACAUAAUCGAUAGCGGUGGGCAACCACACUUUCAUAAUCUACUGCCACUUUUCAUGCCCAAGAUUUCUGUAGCUUUGUACAUUCUUCGUCUCUCUGACUGCCUGGACGAUCAUCCACUGGUUGAAUACUACAAGGACAAUAAGCCAGUUGGUAAAGCUUUCAAGUCACAUCUCUCAGUUCUGGAUAACUUCAAGUAUCUCGUGCAGUCAAUUCAAUCUCACAGUGAAAACUGCAAGCUGGUAUGCAUUGGUACUCACAAAGACCAUCAAGCUGAAUGCAAGGAAACAUUAUCUGACAAGAAUAAAACUUUGUUAAAUUUUGCCGAGAAGGAUUGUAUUAAGAAGUUGACAAUGUUUUUCAAUUUGGGGAAAAAAGAUGUCAUAUUUCCUGUGGAUUGCAAGCACUGCGAUUCUGACAGUCAAGAAUUGGCAAAGACAAUUCGUGAAUAUGUUCACAAAUUAUCUCAAGAGCUGAAUAAUAUUGAAAUCCAGGUUCCUUUAUGGUGGUUUGUUUUGGAAAUUAUUAUCGAAAAAGAUUCAAACGAUCAAAACAGAAAAGUUUUAAGCAAGACCGAAUGUGUAGAAAUUGCAAAAGCGUUACAAAAUUUUCACGAAGAUGCACUCUUUGAAGCUUUGAAAUUCUUCCAUGAGCAUCACAUUUUUCACUACUAUCCUGCCAUUAUACCAAAUGUGGUAUUCUGUGAUACUCAAGUGCUUCUCGAUAAAGUAACAGAGCUUGUCGAGUAUGCUGCAUACGUGCGAGGUAACACUCCGGGGUCUGGAAAAUGGUUAACUUUUACCGAUAAAGGAAUUAUAACGAUUGAACUUUUAUCUGAUAAGAAUUUUGAAAAACAUUAUGUCGAUGGACUCUUUGAACCCACUCAUCUCAUUGAAAUAUUCAAGCACUUGCUGAUAGCCACCCCAUUUCGUAUAUUCUCACGAGGGCAAGAUAAGCGUUUCUAUAUGCCAUCACUUCUAUCCUUGCUCCCACCAACUCAAGUCAAUGAAAAACGAGCUGAAUUGCUUAAGAACGGUUUAACCCCACUCGUUUUACACUUCGAAAAGAACUGGCAAUGCUAUGGAGUGUUUUGCUGUCUCCAAGUGUACCUGAUUAAAGAAUGUGAAUGGGAAAUUGAAAUGGAAGAUCACCAGCCGAGUAGAAACUUUGUACAACUUAUUCAUCGAGAGGAAGAUUGUUUUAUCACGCUAAUUGACGGGUUUUCAUUCCUCGAAAUUCAUUCCAGUAGUAAUCAAAAAGAACUGCUGUCUUUGAUAUAUGAAAAUGUUCUCUCUGGUCUUCGAUCUGCUUACAAAGCCCUGAAAUACACGUAUGAGGAUCCUGAAAUUGCAUUUUUGUGUCCCCAUGAAUUGCCCUCUGCUGAAGCAAGUGCAAGUCCCCAAGUGCCCCACCACCCAGCUCGUGUUCUGGGUAAUGGAGAACGUAUGAGGUGUACUCUAUACAAGAAGAAGACGUACAGGUUGGAAGACAGUCACAAAGAUUGGCUCUCUGCUUGUUGUAAACUGGAAGGUAAUGCAGUGACUCCACUAGCCACUCCACACACAACCACUCAGUCAGUUCAACAACGUGAGACGACAGCGACUGCAGCUCAGUUGAGUCAAGAGUGCUCGGAUGGAGCUCUUCUCCAGUUGUCUACUGUGAUUGCUGGAUACAACACAUACAAGCUCAGGCUGGGCCUCAGUGAUGCUGAGAUAUACGCUAUCGAUCAGAGUCCUUCCAUGAUUGAUAAUAUCCCAGGGAGAUUUUACACUGCUCUGAAGAAAUGGAAGAGUAAAAGUAUUGUUGAAAUGUAUCCAUUGAAAUCGUCAGCUACUUACGGUCGAUUAGUGGAAAUUGCCUCAGAGAUUGAGGACGGAGAGGCAGUUCACAGCAUUCACAAGACCUGUGUGGAGCAUACCUGUGAGUUACCUAGUGAAUCAUCACUUUGACCAUUACCUUUGUGAGCUUGCUCGUCAGUAGUGCCAGCAAUA